CGAGGUAGGCAAGUCGGUAUAAAAUCGAACGAUUCCUUGAUCAAAGUCGCAGUAUUCGGGCCGGUCCUCGUGGUGUAUCGUCACUGUGAUUCCUACCGUGCAUUAUCUAAGACGUAAGAUGCAUCGCGCUACCAUCACCAUGAUCGCCAUCGUCUGUUGUUUCCUCGUAUUGAGAGCAACGGCGGAAGAGGCUGUCCAACAGAAUCAACAGUCGCUGGACCUCGGAAACGUCGCUAUCGAAGAUCAGGUCGAUGGCGGCGAAGUACACACCAGAGAAAAGAGAACGUUGUUCUUAAAGAAGAAGCUGUUCGGAGCCGGUCUUCUUGGUUUUGGUCUUGGCGUCGCAAAGGGUUACAAGGCUGGUUACUUUAGUGCACCGGAAGUACAUCACGUCUACCUCUCACCACCGGUGAAGUACGUGGAGUACGUCGAGAAACCCAUUUAUAUAGAGAGAAUUGUUCCAAAACCUAUUUACAAACCGCAUGCCGAGUAUGCUGCGCCAGUCUGGUCGCAACCAGAUCCGUCUUACGGCGGCUGGUAAAUCCAGAGUGCAAUUCCCAUUAAUAACAACGUAUCAGUCUGAUCUCCUUGCUUUACCUCGAAAUUCUAGGAACAGCCAAUAAUUGCGCAUGCAUCACGUUGAUUGUGAGUCUCAGUCAGAUCACCCAACUUUAAGUGUAAGGAUAACAAUAAGAUUAUUUAGCGGUAGUAAUAGCAGAGAAAUUGUUAUUUUUGUUACCGAUGUUACAGAUUAAUAAAUCACAGCCUGUAAAUAUCGCACACACGUAGCGUAUUUAUUAUUAAAAUUAUUUACUUCUUUUAUUUCUACUCAGAAAAACACGAGAAAAAUUCAGAGAAGAACGUUAUUUUUAAUCUAAAAUUCUUUUCGAGCACAAUAUUUUAGAAUUAAAAAAAAAAGAUUUAUAUCAUAUACAAUUAAUAUAAUUAAUAUGUAAUUACAUAAUUUUAUCGUUAAUUCUUACUUUACUUUAUGAGAAUUUUAAUAACGAAUUGCGUAAAUUAGAAAAUUACACAAAGCCUGCGGUCGUUUCUCGACGAUGAAUUAUUGAAGACAGAGGAUAUUGCUAUUCACGUAAGAGGUAGAAAACGGACACAUUUUACGGCCGCAUGAUUAUCUUUAUUGCCGAAGAUGUUACGAAGAGUAACAUUGAAGUAUUAAUAACGAGUAUAUAAUCGCACGAUGCGUCUGAAAUAUACAAAUAUCCAACCGUCUCCAUCGAUCACUCUACGCUAUGUAUUUAGAUAAUAAUUUCUUCCAAUAACAUCUUUUAACAUGUAACAUUCAUACGUGUACAAUUAAGUUCUCUUCUGUUCACACAGUCAGAUACAGGUGUCACAGGUCAGUUCUACAGGUGUAGAAACGAUGGCCAGUAGCGUAGCGAAUAUCCUGCCGUUUUAAGUACUCAACAGAGAAACAUAAGCCCAUAUUGAUCUGUUAAAUAUGCGUAUUAAUAUUAAAACGUAUGAGAAUGCACAAUUCGUCCUCGGACGAUUUCAACCAUUUGCGAUGGUUACAGAUUUUUUUAAUGUGUGUUUAUCGUUUAUAAAAGAAUUCUAUUAAUUAUAAUAAUUUUCUUGCUCAUUUAAUUUAAAUAAUAAUUAACAUGUAAAAAAAUGUGGAGCAAAUUGAGCGUUCCGAUGUUACGUCCUGUCAUUUAAUUAUCUAUGAGUGGCUAUCAAGUGCAUAUUUGCUACGCCACAAAUGAUAACAAAUGAUCACUAUAAUAAACUGGUCGACAGACAUCCUUGUGAAAAACGUA